AUGGCCGACAUUACUCCUUCCCAAGAUGGCAAAAUGAUGAUUACUAUCACCCAUUCUAAGGGUGCAGCGCCCGACGUGAGAGUGGCGGUCAAAAAGAUAUCUCAGCUUCGCAAAGUAUUCGUGGCUGCAGCGGACCGCUUCAGGACUACCCCAGAUGAGCUUGUUUUCAAGUACAACGGAAACAUUCUUGAAGGAGACCACACACCCAAAAUGCACGAAAUUCCGGAGGGAGGAAUAAUUACCGCGUACCCAGCCGGAGAAGAAGAGCCGAGCACUCAGAACCUCCAAAAUACUCAGGUCAGCAAUGAUGGCGGUUUCGGCGCUAACGAUCGGGAUGACCAAGGCGACCCAUCGGCGUCAGCCAAAAACGAUAAAAUUACCUUGGUUAUUCGUAGCCAAGAGGGGCCUUCUUUUCAAAUCAAGGUCUCACGAACGAAACCCCUCAGGAGUGCAUUCGACAAGGCUCAUGAACAAUUUAAGAAAGCGCCUAAGACGUUCCGAUUCUUCUAUAACGGUACUCGUUUGCAGGAGGACGACACUCCCAAGAUGCACGAAAUGGAAAACAACGACGAAAUUGAUGCAAACAUCCAACAGGUUGGCGGCGCGCCUUUGACUUAA